CCCAAGGCUACAUACCUCGCACCAUCAGAGCUCAAGAAGACCGUGCGAGAAAGGCAUGAGAGCGAAGGAUCGAGUCACCGCCUACAUGGCUACGAGCGCCAGCGGGCGUAAGGUGCCGCUGUCUUUUAUCGGCACAGCCAAGGAGCCCCGGUGCUUCAAGAUCCGGGGCUCACCCAUCAAGUAUUUCAGCCAGGAGAGCGCGUCGUCGGACGCGCGAGUGUUCAAGCUGUGGUGGUCGCAAGUGUUCCUGCCACACGUGCGCUCCGUCACCAGCGAGAAGGUUCUUCUCAUCAUGGACAACCACAGCAGCCACGCCGACCUCGUAGACCCCAAGGAGCAGCCCAUGGAUGCCGGGAUCAUCGCAGCCUGGAAAGUGCGGUACAGGACGAAGCUGCUGGGGAUUCGCGUCGACACGAUGACGUCGGCGGCGCAGCUACGGGAGCAGGCGAAGGAACGCAAGGUGAUUCGGGGCUGCAUGGGGCUCGCGGAAGGAGNUUUCAGCCAGGAGAGCGCGUCGUCGGACGCGCGAGUGUUCAAGCUGUGGUGGUCGCAAGUGUUCCUGCCACACGUGCGCUCCGUCACCAGCGAGAAGGUUCUUCUCAUCAUGGACAACCACAGCAGCCACGCCGACCUCGUAGACCCCAAGGAGCAGCCCAUGGAUGCCGGGAUCAUCGCAGCCUGGAAAGUGCGGUACAGGACGAAGCUGCUGGGGAUUCGCGUCGACACGAUGACGUCGGCGGCGCAGCUACGGGAGCAGGCGAAGGAACGCAAGGUGAUUCGGGGCUGCAUGGGGCUCGCGGAAGGAGCGCAGCCUCACAUCCUGGACGCAGCUGAGCUAGGCCUCGAGGCGUGGAAGGAAGUUUUGCCGGAGACAAUCAAGAGGUACUGGAAGAAAUGUGACAUCCUUCCUCCUGCGGUGCACGCGGACCUCGACCAGGACGUGGGAAAGAAUAUCCCCAACAAGAAGGAGAGUCUCGAAGAGUUGACGGACUUGGUGCAGCGUCUUUCUCUUGAGGCGAAGAAGUCAACUGUCGAUGAAGACCUUGGCGAGGCGCUUAAGGGGGAGGCGAUUAUUGCAGAUCUGAAGGACGAUCUUUGUGAGGAGUCGCUUGCCCACCUGAACAUGGACCAACUGAACAUAGACUCGGACGACGUCGAGGCCGACUCUUUGGCGGGAGACGAGGGACAGUGUACGCAGACCCUGGUCUAUCCUCGUCCGCCACCGUACGCUGACGUAUCUAGGCAGUUCGUAGACCUCGAAGAAAAAGCGGAGAGGUGCAGCAUGGCCGGGGUAGCUUACCAUCUUCGCAAGGCGAAGUUAGCCUGGAUGAGCGAGGCUGGGUCAAAGAAAACGAAGCAAACAUGCAUGGCAGACUUCAUGUAA